AUGUCGAUGGCUCAGCAAGCAGCUAUGGCGGCUACCGGUGGUUCGGAUCAUAUAGAUCGUGUGGUUCACUCCGUAACUGACGCCACUAAGCGACUGUCGCAGAUUUCGACCAGCACAACCAACACUGCUACGCAGUCCUCGAAGCGCAGAUCUCGGGAUACAAUAGGGCCCUGGAAGCUGGGCAAGACGCUCGGCAAAGGGUCUUCCGGGCGCGUGCGGCUGGCAAAAAACAUGGAGACAGGUAAACUUGCUGCGGUCAAAAUUGUUCCAAAGACCAAGUCUUCGCGACCCAAUGCUCUGCCCUAUGGGAUAGAGCGCGAAAUCAUCAUCAUGAAGUUGAUCUCGCAUCCCAAUGUCAUGGGCCUUUAUGAAGUAUGGGAAAACAAACUUGAGCUAUUUCUGGUGUUGGAAUACGUUGAUGGCGGUGAGCUCUUCGACUACCUCGUGUCGCGCGGCCGACUUUCGGAAAAAGAGGCGAUCCAUUAUUUUCGGCAAAUUAUUGAAGGAACCGCGUACUGCCACAGCUUCAACAUCUGCCACCGAGACUUGAAGCCAGAAAAUCUUCUGCUAGACAAGAAAAACAAACGCAUCAAAAUUGCUGACUUCGGUAUGGCAGCACUCCAGACAUCUAACAAGCUCCUAGAAACAUCUUGUGGGUCUCCACACUAUGCUUCCCCUGAAAUUGUCAUGGGCAAAACCUACAACGGGGGCCCCAGUGACGUUUGGUCGUGUGGUAUCAUUCUGUUUGCCCUGCUGACCGGUCAUUUACCCUUCAACGACGACAAUAUUAAAAGGCUGUUGCUGAAAGUUCAGGCAGGCAAAUAUCAAAUGCCUCAAGCGAUAUCAUUAGAGGCUCAGGAUCUGAUUUCAAGAAUACUGGUUGUCGAUCCAAAUAAGAGGAUUACCAUAAACGACAUCCUUUCGCAUCCUCUAAUCACCAAGUAUGAUUACAAGCGCAGCAAAUCCAACUCUGAUCUUCACAUUUUGAGUCAUACUUCCCCUCAAAUUUGUACGAUAAGAAGCGAAAGAGAUGUGGACCCCACUAUACUCCAGAAUCUUCAAAUCCUAUGGCAUGGAGCCCCUAAAGACUAUAUUAUGAAAAGGCUUCUGGAGCCAGAGCUUACAGAGGAAAAAACUUUCUAUUCUCUAUUGUUGGCGUAUCAGCAGAGACAAUUGAAGGCAGGUCCAAAAUCUCCACCUGUUAAUGCUCCAAAGAUCUUACAAAAGUCUCAAUUUAGCGUGCCUUCUAUCAAGUCACAAUCAUCGCCUCACAAAGAGCAUGUUGCGUCUUCUUCAAGGGUUUUCAAGUCAAACUCGAAAAAGCGUAUUUCCGCAUCGGCCUCGAAAAGGUCUCUUCACAAUUCCUCAUCAAAAAAAUCCCUUCACAAGUCUUCUUCAAAGAAGUCCUUGGGAUCACUCAAAAACUCAGCUUCUAAAAAAUCCCUUAGAAAUUCCCCAAUAAAACCACAACACCCGCUUCCUUCCAAGAGAUCUUUAUACUCAUUGAACUCGAUCUCUAAGCGAUCGGUUAAUUUGAAAGACUACGUAAGCGACGAUUCAAAACCACCGUUGCCACAGCAGUCUGAAUUCGAGUUGCUCUGUGAAGAGAUUCUCUUUGGCGCGGAGCUUGGGGGCAUAACAGAGGAAGUAGGAGAAACGUCAACAGAGGCAGCAAGAACAACAAAUCCAGUUUUCAAAACAGGAUUGGGGAAGACGGCAAAAGCUCCAGAAUCUCCAAAAUCCACGGAAACUAGUAAUGAAACGGAACUUUCGGGAGAUAGAGAUGGAUUGCAAUCGCGUUUGGAGGGGACAUCAGCAGAAGUCGAAGAAAGCGUGGCAAUAGCGAAGAAAGCGGCUUCCAAAGCGCCUCGAUCUCAUCAAGCUGGUCUAGGAGAUAAUGCGCAGAAGAAAAAUACUGAAACUCCCAGGAAACACCCUCAAACUGACGGAAUUUCACAAAUAAAAUCUGAAAGAGCCGCUUUGCAAGUCAGCAAGCUUAAAUCGACUCCCUCAAGUCGCAACUUAAGGGUAGCUUCGGCUCCCUCAGGCAAGGAUGAUACGCCAGUGUCCUUGGAUCCUCGCAGAAAUGUUUCUCAGCCGAACUCCAUUGAGCUCUUGCUCAACAAGUACAACCUCAGAGCACAUCUCAAGUCGAAGUCAAACCUGAAAAAGUUAAGAAAUAGUGGGGAUUGGGGACGCACCGCAUUUGAGACCUCUUUUGCUUCAAGUGGUAAUGGAAUCUCACUCAAUGCUGAUGAUUUAAAAGACUUCGAGAGUCUUUCUGGAACAGAUUUGACAAAUGUUCUUGCUCAUUCAAGUUCCAUUAAGGGCGAUGACAGUACUGAUGCUGCAAAAAUGCAGCAUGCGCAAAGACAAGAAGAGUCGAAACAAGUUGUUUCUCUGCCAUCUGCUAAUUUGAACAGUUCCGCAACGUUCAAAAACUUAAGCCAAUACAUUUUGGAUAGUAACAGCUCGACUACUCGCGCCUCAUCUGUCGUGCGCCGGCCAGCUGGAGGUUCUCUUAAAAGCUGCACUCAAAAUGUUUCGCGUAAGCCAUCUACUAAUCUUCCAAAAAAUACCCUUACUGUACAAAGAUCUCGCAAAGUUAGCCAAGUUAGCGCCUAUGACACUCGUUCGGAGAUGCCGUCUGAUAUGUCGUUCGCGCUUGAUAUUCCGACACAAACUUUCACUGCGCAGGCCGUUCAAGUUUCUAAUGGUAGCUCUCAAGAUCAGUUUGAACAAGCGAAAAAGCCCGUACUGCUCCAAGAGGAACAAGGAGAGGAUGACAUCAAUAUCUUCGAAGACGCACCUUGUGAUAAUGUGUCAAUUGCAACCAGCUCUUCAGGCUUAGACUCUCAGCCACAUGUGCACAGAAAAGCGACAUCUAUUGAUACGUUGAACACAACAAGCGUUCUCACUCCAUCAGCAGAUGUUCGAGUCUCCCUCUAUGCCAAUAAUAUGACAUCUUCUGCUAAGCUUCCAAGGGAAACAACUGAGGAAAUCAUAUCAAAGUUCAAGCUAUCACCUGAGAAAGUGCCAGUGCCUCCUCAGAAGAGGUUUUCCUAUCAAAAGGCUAGAGGCUCUAUCUCACAAAGCGUUAUUUCUAUGUUCAAGGACCUAGAUGACGACUUUGAGGAUCAUGCUUCGGAACCUGCUGCUGAGGGCCACUUCGAUAGUGCUACCGGAAUGCAACAGGACCCGUCAAGUAAUGUGGAGGAACAAAUCCCGGGGGAGGGACCAGUUGCACAGAAGCGUGUCACAAUGUUAUUUGAUGAUGAAUCCAGUACAGUUUUCAAGUCAUCGCCAAUCAAAACCUCCGUUCUCAAGCCUAGAGAAUCCGUAGCUGCUCAACCACGGCCAUCUUCUACUACAAUUCCAUUUACUUAA